GUUUCGUGUUAACAACAAUUGUGGUUUUCAUGAUAACCAUGACGACUGAAGCGGCUGUGACGAGCUUUGUGCCUGAGCGCCCUGCAGGUGUGACUCUUGAUGGAUGUUCGCUCUUUCAUAUUUGGAACCACGCAGUCAGACGACAGCGCACGACUGCUCAGGCGAAUGAAUCACCUGUCAGGACCUUGCUGUCACCCGAUGCCUUCCUGAUGACCAACCUGGUGCCUCAAGACGCCCCUCACCCUCUUUACAGCAGUCAGUUUACUGAACUCUGUAAACAAUUCCUUCUCGACCAUAUGCUAGACGUAUCAGUUGACCCCAAUGACCCGAGGGUGACGUCACCUGGUGGACUUCCUGCAAGCACUCUGGCGGCGAAUGACGUGGUAUUUCGAAAGGACAGUCAAGGUAAAAUCACCGUGAACGACAAUCCCGUGAAGGAGGUAGAGACGCUGUCCGAUGGCACCGUGAUCUAUACGAUCGAUAACAUCCUGUUUGAUUACCGGCAACAGAUUCAAGAAGCAUUCGAGAAGCUUAUGGAAGAAGAAGCUUCAAAUUACCCCUUGGAGGGUCCCCCCUUUUAGGCGGACGAUCAUAACUGAAGAUCCCAAAUGCCAAGCUAGAAAAUAUUACAUUGUUUGAUUACUGUUGAAUAUGGAUGAUUUUAUAGCAUAAACAUCUUUCACUUAUACUUAUUUCGUUGUUUCAUGGUUGUGGAAGGAUUAUGAUGUGUCAAUUAUCGAUGUGAAAUAAAAGUAUCUGGAAUAUAUGCUUUAUACUCUGUAUUCACGUGUUUUAUCUGGUGACUUGAGCCCCCCUGGAAUGUUUUCUCCACGGGCGAAAAAUACUGACGGUCCGGGUGUCUGGAGACGCUUAUAGAGUCUGUCUUAGGUUAAAAAGUGCCACAUUAUUAAUUGUAAGAAAUAUAUAUUACCAUACAUGACAUAUAACUUU